AUGUCGCCGGGCGACGAGGAGUUCGUGCCGCUGGGUGAAGUCGAGGAUGACUUGGUCACUUUCGACGAGGAGGCGGCAAUGGUGACUCAAGAUGAGCAGAAAGCAGAGCUAUUGGAAUUAAAAGCGGAGGGAGAACUUCCACUAGAUCAGCUACUUCUUCGAUACGGAAUUCAGCACGCGAUUGAUAAAGGGGGCAACACGAAGCAAGAGUCGAGGGAAACAGGGGCAGCUCGACAACCAACAGUUUCCUUGCGCUCCUUAAAAGUGGAGCCCCAGGCAGUAGCUGACAAUACUGUUGCGUACAACGAAGCGGUAUCCAUCGCAGCUGAAAUCACCAGUGAAGAGAACAUAAUACGUAGCUUCGAAAAGUUGUUGCACAAGACGGAAUCGACAAAACCACUCCCACAUUUUCCAGAGCCAACGAAAACGAAAAGUCACUGGCUUCACACGUUGGAGGAAAUGUCUUGGCUUUCAGGCGACUUUUCGCGAGAGCGAAAAUGGAGGAAACGUUCGGCUUUGAAGGUGGCAACAACACUUUCAAAAAUUCGUAAACGAGAAGUUCAAACCGACAUGAAAAAGGCACACGAAGAAUUAGUACUAGCCCGUAAGACGGCAAAAGCAAUCGCAGGGUCUAUUCUCACAUUUUGGAACAAGGCUAACAAGGUAUUGUCGUUGCAACGCCAAGCAGCCGACGCACAAGCGCAGAAGAUGAAGCUCGACGCACAGUUAGAUGAGCUCGUCAAGGUCACAGAAGCCUACUCAGCGCGACUCGCCGCAAAGUUGAAUACAAAUCAGCCUUUUCCUUGCUACGGUGGAAACGUACGCACAGAGCAAAAACAUAACAUUGAACCUUCUAUUGGCAGUGGAUCAAACCUUUCUGUUCAGACUAGGAGUAACUGUUCUUCUACUGAUAUACUAGACUUUUCAUUGCUCAAACAUAGUUUACGUGACUAUCAGCUGGAGGGUGUCAGGUGGUUAAGAAAUUGCUAUAUCAAUAAUUUGAACGUACUAUUGGCAGAUGAAAUGGGCUUGGGUAAAACUAUUCAGACUAUCGCUCUUCUUUCUAUGCUCGCGACCGAGUUUGGAAACUGGGGACCACACUUGAUUGUUGUACCCACAUCUGUUAUGCUCAACUGGGAGGUUGAAUUUAAGAAGUGGUGCCCAGCUUUGAAAGUGUUCACCUAUUUUGGUUCUGUUCGCGAGAGGCGUUUGAAGCGGCAUGGGUGGAGUAAGCCGAAUAGUUUCCACGUUUGCAUAACUUCUUAUCGCAUUGUUACUCAGGAUCAGAGUAUCUUUCGACGUAAAAAUUGGGAGUAUCUAAUACUGGAUGAGGCCCACAUGAUAAAGAAUUGGCGAUCACAGCGUUGGCAAGUACUCUUAAAUUUUAGUACGAAGCGUAGGCUCUUGAUCACUGGCACUCCACUGCAGAAUGAAUUGAUGGAACUGUGGGCGCUGAUGCACUUUCUGAUGCCAGACUUAUUUGGAUCUCACUCUGAAUUCAAAGACUGGUUUGCGAAUCCAAUGAGUGCUAUGGUGGACGGCACUCAGUCGGUAAAUGAGUUGAUAGUUACCCGUCUACAUUCUAUCCUCCGACCAUUUAUUUUGCGUAGGUUGAAAAUGGACGUCGAAAAGACGCUUCCAGAGAAACACGAACACAUCGUGAAAUGCGUCCUAUCCCGCCGGCAAAGGCGCCUGUACGAGGAGUACAUAUCCUCUAACAACACACUCAGGACACUAGCAAGCGGGAACGUCAUGGGUGUGAUGAACUGUCUCAUGCAGCUUAGAAAGGUUUGCAAUCACCCAGACUUGUUCGCCGGAAGGCAGAUAUGUAGUCCAUUUGAUGUGAAACAUGUAUGUUGGCUAUCAUAUUUCGUGUUGCUCACGAGUGCGCGCCUCAAAUCGGCAAGAUGCGGGAUUAAUCUUCGACUCAGUGGACCAAAUGUGGCCGGCAAUGGAAAAGAAUUGAACCGCUAUAGAUCGCGAGAUCGAAUUGAAGAACAGCAUAAUGUCGGCACUUCUUUCAUGGAAAAUAUCGUGCUUCCAUUAUCAGAAGUACGAGCCGAACGCACAACAUUUCAAGCGACAAGUCUAUCAUUUUAUGCCGCUCAAGCUCUACUGUCCAAUAUCACGGCACAUACACGUUACGCAACAACUAUAUUCCCCAAAACAAAACAUCUAUCACAGUUCGGUAGAAUUGGCCAAUUAGCUUGGUUUGAAGACUCAGCUGUCAUAGAUAAUUUGAUUCGCUUCACAUUUAUUAUCCCAAAUGUGAGAUCAACAACGCCAUCCGUAUGGUCUCUCAAUGAAUCAACACACUCUAGUGGUGGUCGAUUUGAAGAAUGCGCUCUCGGUCUUAUGGCCCCAAUCAGGAAAUUCGUCGCCAGGCAAAGUAUGUUCGUUCCAGAUAAACGCUUAGUACAGUUCGAUUGCGGUAAAUUGCAGAUUUUGGCAACACUACUCCGAAAGCUGAAACAGGACGGUCACAAAGCAUUGAUAUUCACCCAAAUGACAAAAAUGCUGGAUGUAUUAGAAGCAUUUCUGAACUUGCACGGCUACACAUAUUGUCGCCUUGAUGGUAGCACCGGUGCUGAGCAGCGCCAGUUACUCAUGCAACGGUUCAAUAGCGAUAAAAGACUUUUUGUCUUUAUUUUGUCAACACGUUCCGGCGGAUUUGGUAUCAACUUAACAGGAGCAGACACCGUUAUUUUUUAUGAUUCUGAUUGGAAUCCGGCGAUGGACCAGCAAGCUCAAGAUCGCUGCCAUCGUAUCGGUCAGACGCGGGAAGUGCAUAUUUACCGUUUGAUAAGCGAAGGGACAAUUGAAGAGAGUAUACUUCAGAAAGCGGUCCAGAAACGUGAAUUAGACAACAUGGCGAUCCAAUUGGGCAAUUUCAAUACGACGUCAUUCAGUACACAGCAGGCACAUUCGCAACAACAUGCUGUCUCUGGUGAGACUUUGGAAAAUGAGGCUAUGUUUGAGCAAAAAAGAUUUGAACGAAUACAUGAUGUUGCAGCGCUAGGGGAGAGCGCUGCCGCCCACACGACUGAAAAUACUGUAGACGAACACUACAAAUCACAACUACAGAGUGAAGAUACGUUUGACCUGCAAGCACUCUUACCAGUUGAAAAGUAUGCGCUCCUCAAGUGCGCUGCACAAAGUUGA